AUGUUAGAUAUAACUCGAGUAUCACAAAUUCUUUUAAGUAUGGAUUCAUACAUGAUUAUUAUACUUUAUAUCAUCGGUAGUAUAGGAGCUAUUCUAAAUAUAAUAACAUUUCGCCAAAAACAAAUUCGAUCAAAUCCAUGUGCAACUUAUUUCUUGUCAAGUUCAAUUAUUGAUUUUUGUAUAAUGAAUACAUCUAUAUUACUAAAUAUUAUUAUUACAUUUAAUAAAUCACUUUAUGACCAAAUAUAUUCAACACGAACUUGGUGUAAACUUGGAAAUUACAUUCUUUUACUUUUACCAUGUUUAUCAUCAAGUUAUAUAGCAUUUGCAACAAUUGAUCGAUAUUUUGCUAGUUCAUUAAAUCAAACUCUACGAAAAUGUAGUAAUUUAAAAGUUAGUCGUAUGAUAAUAUGUAUAGUUUUGAUUAUAUGGGUUUUAUUUGGAAUACAUAUUCCCAUUGCGUAUGAUUAUAGUCCAGAGGAAAAUGAAUGUACAGUUGAAACAAAUUCAGCCACAACGUUUAUUAUCAUCGAUGGAUUUUUCUUUUCAUUAUUUAAUGGAGUUAUUGUUCCAUUUCUUUUAUCUUUAUUUGGUUUAUUAAUUUUUCUUAAUAUAAAAAUAAGUCGUCGACGUGUUCAUAGUCAACCAGAAAAUAAUCAUCAUCCAACAUCAGUUAUUGUCAAUCGACAAAAUACACAUAUGAUAACAAUGUUAUUAGUACAAGUCUCUCUUACUAUACUUUUAAAUACUCCAUAUAUCGUGAUUUAUUUAUUAAGUUUCUACAGAAAACUACCAGCCGAUGCGUUAUCUGUUCUUCUUUAUAUUAUAUUCAGUUAUAUAGCACGAUGGUUUUAUUAUAUGAAUUAUUGUAAAACAUUCUAUAUAAACACAUUAGCAAGUGAUCUAUUUCGGAAAAGUCUCUAUAAACAAUUUACUCAAUUUUUUCGUCAUCAUCGAAUAAUAUAG